GUCUUCUUGUAUAGUCAAUGUUGAUACCGAAUACGAAUGGAUACAGAAGUUAGAAGUGUCAAUGAGAAGAACUGUCAAACAUAGAAAAUAACAUAUUUCAUAAUGAAUCUGCAUUUUGAUUAAAAGAAUCUGAAUUGUAUGCGAAAGAAAUAUAUUUCCUCUUGAUCUUCAUUGUUCACAUAAAUUACAUACUUACAUGCAUACGCGUGUAUGUAGGUGGCUAACCUAAAAAUUUUGUUAUGUAUUAUGAAGGUAUACAAUGGAGGUUUCAGAGACAAGAAACAUUGUUAAAGAUUUGGAUUUAACCCUGCAACCUCGCAUUGUUCCAAGAUAUAAGACUUGGCUACCCCUUGCUACUCAGCAGUUAAGAUUCAGAAAUCUUAUACAAAUAAUAGGAUGUAACUUAAAGACAAAUACAAAUAACGAAGUCUGUUGGUUCUACUAUACUCUACACAGAACAAGCAUGUCUUCACCUUUAUAUACAAGUGAGAUAAUUGAUAACACAAACCCCAAAUGGUCAUGUCUCGAGGUACCAACCAUACAUGCCACCGGCUACUCUACUGCCAGUGAAAUUAUUGUAAGACUAUGGAAAAGGGCGAUCGUGGAUAAUCUACAGAGCGACGUGACUGUAUUUACAUGGGGAAUAUCAUUUACUGGUUUGGCAUAUAUUGGUCCAAAACUGCCAAACAACUUAGAUAAUGUUUUGAAACAUAAUUCUUUAAUUUUUCAAUUCCAUGGAGGUUUUUUUACUCCAGUAUUCUGUUUUGUUGAAACUCCUGAAUUGAAAAGAUAUUUACAUAUAAAAGUAAACACCUCUGAAAUAAGGGAUACGUAUACUGUGAGUAAAUUGAGCAGUUUGAGGAACAAAAUGCAAGCAUUAAAGCAACAGACAGAGUCAGUUCAAGCCCUUCGGAUGAGAAUUGCUUCGGGAGAAAAUUUUCACACUCCGAAGUACCCUCAGUCCUCGUUGAAUAGAUUGUUUCAGCCUCGUAAGGUAAAUAGAGAGAAAAAAGCCGAAAUACUGAAGAUACGUAAGGAAUUGGAAAUGGCUAGGUUUAGGACAAAGUUAUUGGAACAAGAAAGAGCAAGGAAGAUGGGGGAAUUGAGAGCAUUGAAUCAAAUGCAUUCUAAUAUCUUGGAAGAAAAUCAAGAUUAUGGUUCAGAUUUGAUGACGAGGUAUAGGGAGCUAAACAAAGACAUUGAGAAGUUACACGAAUGGCGACAAAUUCAAAUUGAUACAAGAGAGACAUAUGUUCAAUUGAGUAGUCAGCUUGCUUACAGAAGAAGACAAUUAAUUUCAGAACUAAGUUUAAUAUAUCCGAUUUCCCAGGAUGGAAAUGGAAAAUUUAAAAUACACGAAGUACAUUUACCUGACAGCGAGAAUUUAGAAUUAUCAAAUGAUACUGAAGUCGCGGUAGCCUUGGGAUUUGUGGCACAUACUACUCAAAUGAUCGCUAACUUUCUUAAUAUACCUACUAGGUACCCUAUUAUACAUUAUGGAUCACGUAGCAAAGUAAUAGAUCAUAUUACAGACAAUUUACCCGACAACGAGAGACAAUUCCCACUGUUUGCAAGAAGUAAAGAUAAACUGCAAUUUCGUUAUGCUGUUUAUUUGUUGAAUAAAAAUAUAGCCCAGUUAAGAUGGUAUUGUGGCCUUCCAACAACAGACCUGAGGGCAACUUUGCCAAACCUUGCUACAUUAAUAAACAUUAAACCAAAUCAAUCAUACUUGGAUAAUUCAAAGCGAACAUAUUCCACUUCAUCUCUGGACAUAGAGGUUGGAAAUGGGAAACAGAGCGUAACUCCACCGAUUCAGAAAAUAAUCUUUGAAAAAUGCCACCGUUCGUCAAGAUCCAUGAGUCAAUUGAAAAACAUUAAAUCCUCGCUUGGUUCUUCAUUGGAUCAGGGUUUAGAUAAACCUAUACAAUCCCUCGUCUUAGGCAGUCAAUCAAAAAGAAUUUGUAAGUCGGAAGAAAGUGCCAUCGACAAUAAAACUCUGGUACUAGUUAAAGAUAGGUCAAGCAAUAGCAGUAACGAAACACUAAACAAUGCUAUUAUAAGUAACAUAAGUAACGUUGAAGAUACUCCAGUUGCGAUAGAAAGUAAUAUUGAAAUUAUGAUACCCACAUCGGUUUCUAAAUCGACCAAUGUUACGGAAAGUUUCGAAUGUUCAGUGAGCGUCAGAGAUAGAAGUUCAAACUCAAUAAGCAGCUGUGAAAUGGCACUAAACAGCAGUCAAAACGAAGAUGACAAUUCGAACGAUAAGAAAGACGAAAUCUCAGAUAUUAAUGAAAUUUUAAAAGUCAACGAUGUUAUAGAUAACGCAUUGAAAAAUGGGAGACACGAUGAGGAUUAUAAUUCUGGCAAUGAAGCUUCGCAAAAUUCUGAUAGCUCUAGAAUUGCUGUAGAAAGCAAAACGUAUAAUAAGUCCUGUUUAUCUCUAGAUGAUAUAAUGUCUUGCACUUACGAAGAAACUGAAAGGAAACAGAGAACAAGUUCUAUCUGUAGUUAUCCGGAAGAUACGUUAGAAAAAUCAAAAAAGGGCAAUGUAGAUUCUUUACAUUCUAAAAACUGGUGCUAUAAUGAAUCAGUAUUGGCACAUGAUGAAACGGACAAAUGUGAUUUUCAAGCAUCCAGCGAAUACAUAGACAUUAUUAAACGUAGCUCAGAGAAUGUAUAUGCACGCACCGAGGCUUUAGCCAACAAGAAAACCAGUUUUAAAGUAAUGAAACCACGACUGUAAUUAUUGCAUUGUAUGGAAUACAAAACAGCGCUGUUAGUUGAUAUCUAAAUGCGGUAAAUUCAAAAUGCCAUGCAUUGACGUAACUAGGUAGGGGCCAGGGUGGGUCUAGCCCCCUUACCAAUCUAAGAUUUCAACAUUCAAAAAUUUUAAAAUUUCUAAGGGACGUUGCCUCACCCAUCCAAAAAUUGUAGUUUCGUCAAUGAUGCCAUAUAUUGUGUAGAAAAAAUUUUGUUAUUGUGUAAAAAUCGGAAAGAUAAUGUUCCUGUAUAUUUGUUUCGAUUAUCUUGAAAUUUUAUAAAAAUUUCAGGUACAGUAUAAUGGGUGGUAUUAUGCAUGCGUGCGCGCGGGCGUGUGUGCAAUGGUAGUCGUGCAAUUAAUAGCUGUGCUUUGUAUUCAUAAUAAUGAUUCCUACAUAUGAUAUCAAGAUUAGCGUACGUUUAUAUUUUUUUAAUUGUGAUAUUACAAUGUAAAGUUGGUAUUGUUAGUUGGCUGGCAAUAUCAUUAAGUUUCCGUAAUAUCCAUGUAAUGCAAAACAAUGUUUGUAUAUAUAUUUAAAUAGAUUUGAAAUGAUUCAAUAUAAUCAUUUUUCUUUCUAUA